AUGUCCGACUUGGAAGAGUGCUUGCCGCUCUGGCUCGAAAAUUUUGCCAAGGACGUGCCUGCCUCAAGCCACACGAAGAUGCUCACGGCCACCAUCGCAGCUUGUCAAAUUCGGCUGUGUUUGAACUUUUGCAAAUCUUUCCGCCUGCCUGGGAGCGCCGAGCCCGCCGUCUUCUCUGGUGGCAAAGCAUCGCCCGGCACCCUGGCGACAAUGUGUCGCUACUGGCCACAGUUUUUGGACAAUAUGGCUGGGAAAAUGGGCCGCCUAUUGGGGUGGAUGGGAGAGUCACUGCUCUUGCAAACCCAUGGCUGCGGGAACUGGUGGAAGAUUUGGACAAGUUGGGUGAGCCAAAUUUGGUGGCUGACCAGCCACUGUCGAUUUUUUUUCAUCCUUGCAAAGAUUUGUUUGUCAAUCUUCCUAUCAGGACCCUGCUGGUGCGUAAAUACAGAGAGGAGUUGGCAGCGCUUGGACUUGCGCCAGUGGAGAAUGCAGAUGAGGUGGCGCCUGUGGGUCCGGCUCCACUUCGUUGUGACUGGAUUGGUGCUGAUGGGGCACACUGUGGCUACACCGCGCAAUCCACAACGGCCCUUUCCACACACAGACAUCGCCUUCAUGGUGUGCGCAUCACUGCACGACAAAUUGUGGUUUGCAAUCAGUGCCCGUGGUGUCGUAGGAUCUUUGCUUCCGUUGAGAUUGCCAAACGUCAUGCUCAUGCCCGUGUCAAAAAAGGGCACUGCCCUCGACAAGGGGGGAAUGCUGCUGGCAUGGUGGAGCAAUUGCGUCCCCCUCCAACUUUUCGAUGUCCAGUCUGUCCUCAUGAAGCAGUUGAUUUGGAAACCUUGCAGACACAUGUGGUGGGCCACGUCCCCGCUGGCCAACAUGUUUUGCACCAGUACCUCAUUGCGGCUCAGCAGUAGUUGGAAAGUAGAGACCGAGCCUUCAGCCAUGGACUCUUGGUUCGGCGCCGCCCCCAAUGGUGCAGGUGCUGAACGGCAGGUGCGACCUCGCACCGGCCGAAGCUCCAAGGACAAUGAGCAGCUCUUGACUGCUGUGGCUCGCCUGACGUUGAAGAAUGCGCAGGUCUGCCGCAACCUUGAAAGUGCAGUUUUUGUCACCUAUAUCCUGGCCAAGGAGGGUGCGUAUGCUCAGGCUGCUUCGGCCGCCGGCCAGACAUAUGCGCAGAGAGCUCGCGCUGCGGGAAAGAAUCACACCCUGGGACAGCCGUCUUCGUGGGUAUGGGCUGCUUUGACCCAAGCCGCCUUGAAAGACGAAGCCCUGUCUGAGGAGAAGCGUGCCAUGGUGAAGCAACAUUGUGAUUCUGUCACCGAUCCGGCUGUGCUGAGCGAUCAGGUCCUCUACUGUCGAGUGUCCAAAGUAUAUGACCAGACCAAGGUUCGUCUCCAGAUCUCGGUCGCUCCAGGUGCUCUGAGUGAUGUGCUGACUGUCUUGCAGGAUGGCAUGGAAAAAAGUGGAGGUUUGCGCAAAGAUGGCCCAGUGGAUCACGGCCGACUGAGGUCUUGUUCCAUUGUAAGUGCCUGCUUGUGCCUCGCCGUGGAGCUAGGUUUCACUCAGGUGCGGCAGAGAUGGAGCUCCGAAGGUUCCAUCCGCGAUGCUCGUGGACGAUGUCUGGGGAUGGCCUUGGUGCGGUCCUUGGUGAAUCCUCCGUGCGACUGCUGCGACUUCCGCGACUGCGGAGGUUACGAAAUCCUCGGAGCGGUCAAGGUCAAGGAUGGCCUUUUCAUCGGCGAUGCCUUGGCAGCACAGGAGCUCUUUGGUCUGGGGUUUCAAGGUUUCCGCCAUGGCAAUGGCAACUACUGA